AGCACGGCGGUCUCAAGGAGGACGGUACCCCCGACAAGCGCGUCGGCACCGGUCAGUUCGCCCAGGGUCAGGUUGACCCCCAUGAGGCUGGCAAGCAGGGCGGCCAGUCCUCUGGUGGCAGCUCCGAGGACACUGGUUCUUCCGGUGGUUCUUCCGGCGGCAACGGUCAGUUCGCUGGCGGCAAGGUUGACCCCGUCGAGGCUGGCCGCAAGGGUGGCCAGACUUCCAACU